AAAAUAGAAAGGAGUAAAAUGCAUCAUCUGUUGGCAACUGUAUUAUUCUUGUUUGCAAAAAUAAAUGCUAAUCAUUUAAUAUCAUCACUAUAUGAAUUAAAAAGAGUUUACAUAGAAGAUGGCUAUUGGGAAGAUAGUUCAAGAAAUAAUCUAUCCAUGAUGUUCACUUUUUAUAACAGUAAUAAUAUAAACAGUGUAGAAAUGGUUGAUAAAAAUUCAAAUAAUUUCAAACGUGAAAUUCAUUUGAUAGAUGGUAUAGAAACUGAAAUGAAAGUUUAUAAUGUUGGUGUUUUGAUGGCUUCACAUUUAAAUUCCCCUUUUGAUCUGGAGCGUUGUGGACCUGCUGUAGAUAUUGCAUUAAGUGUCAUCAAUACUGAAUUUUUAAAUCCUCAUAAUAUCACUUUAAAAAAAGUUCAAGCAAGAUAUCCAUCCUGUUCUGGAUCAUUAGCACCUGGAUUAGCAGCCGAUAUGCAUUUUAAAGAUGAUGUUAUUGCUUUUAUUGGGCCGGCUUGUGCAUUUGCCUUGGAGCCUGUAGCACGUUUAGCAGCCUACUGGAAUACGCCUAUAAUAACAGGAAUGGGAGAUCAGCCACCUACCGAAGAUGAUUUGACAGUUACUUCAGGAAUCUUAGGAAAAAUUCAUAAAUGGAAAAAUGAAGAUACGGGUAUGUUCAAAGAUAAAACGAGGUAUCCAACUUUAACUAGAAUGUCUUAUUGUCAAUGCCGAUUAAAAUUAGUUUUUGCUAGUAUAUUUCGGCAAUUCAAUUGGAAACACAUUGCUCUUCUUAUAGAUCGAUCAGAUUUAUUUUCUUUAACAGUUGGAAAAAAUUUGGAAUACGGACUUCGUCAAGAGGGACUCUUAAGCUUUGUUAGAGAAUUAAACGGAAAUGAGGAUGAAAUCUAUGAGAAUUAUCUAACAGAUGCAAGCAUGUACGCUAGAGUUGUCAUAUUAUCGGUUCGAGGGAUUUUAAUAAGAAAAUUUAUGUUAGCAGCACAUAGUUUAGAAAUGACAAAAGGUGAUUGGACAUUUUUGGAUGUUGAAAUAUUUCAGAGUUCUUAUUGGGGAGAUCAUGAUUGGAGAAUGGAAGAUGAAUAUGAUUCAAAAGCUCGAAAAGCUUAUGAAGCUUUAUUAAGAGUUUCUUUAUUACAGCCAACAAGUCCGAAAUUUCAAGGAUUUGCUGAUGAAGUUAAAGAAAAAGCAUUUCAAAAUUAUAAUUACACAUUUAGCAGAGAUGAAGAAGUGAAUUUCUUUAUUGGUGCUUUUUAUGAUGGUGUCUAUUUAUUAGGUAUGGCUUUAAAUGAAACAUUAGUAGAUGGAGACGAUAUUCGUGAUGGUAUUAGCAUAACGAAAAGAAUGUGGAAUCGUGAUUUCCACGGAAUUACAGGUCAUGUUCGAAUCGAUGACAAUGGUGAUAGAGAUGCUGACUACUCAAUUUUAGAUUUGGAUCCUAUAACAGGAAAAUUUGAAGUAGUUGCACAUUAUUACGGCUUGCAUAGAAAUUAUUCAGCUGUACGUGGUAAAAAAAUACAUUGGCCUGGAGGACGUGAGGGUCCACCACCGGAUAUACCAAAAUGCGGAUUUCUUGGCAAUUCACCUGAAUGUCAUGGAAAUGCAUUUUUCGUUUCAGAGAUAGUUAUAAUUUAUGCAACAUUUGCUUCCACGAUAUUUUUGGCAGUUUCAAUAUUAGUUGCAUACUUACUGUGCAAACAAAUGAAAUUGAAUAGCGAACUAAAUAAUAUGUCAUGGAGAGUUCGGCCUGAUGAUAUACUUUUAGAAGUUGGUCGUAUUUAUGGCAGUAAAUAUGGGCUACAAAAAUUAAAUAUUGAAAAUUUCUCUUUACAACAAUAUGGUAUUAAUUCCGGUAGAGCUUCAAUUACUAGUUGCACUUCACUUCCACCUGCACAAGUUUUUACAACGAUUGGAAUAUUUAAAGGUGAACGUGUAGCUAUUAAAAAAGUUGCUAAAAAGAAAGUUGAUAUUACUUCAACUUUAUUGUGGGAAAUAAAACAAGCACGUGAUGUAAGUCAUGAAAAUACAGUGAGAUUUGUUGGGGCAUGUAUUGAUUUACCUAGACCAACUGUAUUAAUUUUAACGGAAUACUGUCCAAAAGGUAGCCUUAAAGACGUAUUGGAAAAUGAAGCAAUUCAAUUAGAUUGGAAUUUUCGAAUGUCAUUAAUACAUGACAUUGUAAAGGGUAUGGCGUAUCUUCAUAACAGUGAUGUUUCCGUUCAUGGAAAAUUGAGAUCUUGUAAUUGUCUUAUAGAUGGUAGAUUUGUAUUAAAAAUAUCUGACUUUGGUUUAAGAACUUUAACAACACCUUCCGAAUUUGUAAAGGACCAAAAUUAUUUUAUGAAAUUUUUAUGGAUAGCACCAGAAUUACUUCCUUUAACUGUUUUACCUGGGAAUCCAGCUACACAAAAAGGUGAUGUUUAUUCUUUUGCCAUUAUUUUAGAAGAAAUCGUCGUUAGGGGAGGACCAUAUGAAUCAGCUCGACAAUUUUUAGAUGUUCAAACAAUAGUAAAUAGAGUUGAAGCACAUGAAGUACCUUCUUUUCGGCCAUUUGUUAAACAACACGACUGUCCACCUGACGUCUUAGAUUUAAUGGAAAAAUGCUGGGCAGAUAACCCUGAAGAUCGUCCAGCAUUUAUAGCUAUUAGAGCAACAGUCCGAAUGAUAAUGAAAGGUUUUUGCGAGAAUCUGAUGGACGAUUUAUUAAGACGCAUGGAACAGUAUGCUAACAAUUUAGAAAGUUUAGUUGAGGAAAAGACUGAACAACUAAGUAUGGAAAAACGACGAACAGAGGAACUUUUAUAUCAAGUUCUUCCAAGACCCGUUGCAACACAAUUAUUAGCUGGAGAAAUGGUACAACCAGAACAAUUUGAGAGUGUUACUAUAUAUUUUAGUGAUAUAGUCGGUUUCACAUCGCUGUGUGCUCAAAGUAGCCCUAUGGAAGUUGUUGAUUUUUUAAAUGAUUUAUAUAGUACAUUUGACAGAAUAAUUGGAUUUUAUGAUGUUUAUAAAGUAGAAACUAUAGGCGAUGCCUAUAUGGUAGUAUCCGGUUUACCAGAACGAAAUGGUGAUGAUCAUGCUCGCGAAAUUGGUUUAAUGGCUUUAGCUAUACUAGAUGCUGUUAAAUGUUUUGCUAUAAAGCAUAAACCAGAAUCACAAUUAAAGAUUCGAAUUGGUAUUCAUUCAGGUCCAGUAUGCGCUGGAGUUGUUGGCCAAAAAAUGCCUCAUUAUUGUCUUUUUGGUGAUACUGUUAAUACAGCAUCACGUAUGGAAUCAACUGGAUCUCCUCUCAAAAUUCAUGUAUCAGAAACAACAAAAAAUAUUUUCGAUAAAUUUGGAACAUUUAAAUUAGAAUUACGUGGUGAAGUCGAAUUAAAGGGUAAAGGUACAGUUACAUCAUAUUGGUUAUUAGGAUGUUCAGAACCUGAUCCAAGACCGCCAACACCAUUAAAGAAUAAUGAUAGUAACGAUGUACCAUUUCCUAUUCUUUUUCCUGCAGUAGGAAAAUGAAAUUUUUUCAUAAAAAUUCUUAUAAAAUGAAAGCCUAAAAUUUACAACAAAGAAACUAUUUUUUUUUUUUUGUAAUUGAUGUACAAAAUAAUAAUAUCACAAAUUUUAACAAGUAUUUAUUGUAGUAACUAAAAAUUAAAAA